AUGGGAAGCUGGAUCGGUCAUAUUGCACCAGGUGUAUUUUUCAUAUUUUUUGCAUUCUGGUGGCAUAUUAAUAAUUGUGCGCGUUAUAUACGAUCACUUGUUUAUAACAGAGAUGAAAAUACACGACAAGAAAAAUAUGAAUUUCAAGGUUCAACAACUUAUCCUUGUCACUGUAUACCUAUAAAGUUCAUUCGUCGUUUGCCUAUUGAAAGCAUUGUAAAAAUUCUUGUCACAUCCAUUCAUUUUUCAAUCGAACUUCACGAUGGCUAUCGCAGUCAACCAAAACCUCAUAUUAUUACUCUAUAUGUCAAUCAUAUGGCUAUGCUUUUUGGAUUUUUUCUUAGUUCUUGGGUUGAGAUUUUAGUUCAUUAUAAAGUUCCAUUACCAAAACGUAUCAAUCAAGUUAUGGGAGUUCUAGCUUUUACUAUGGAAGGUUUUAUGUUCCUAUUUCAUUUACAUGGACGAGGUAUCGUAGAGGUACAUGCACAUCAAUUACUUAUUGUAUCAAUAGUUUGCUCAACAAUUAGUGCUAUUGGAGAAUGUUUUGAUCCUAAUAAUUUUUGGUUUAUUGUACUGCGAAGCUUUUUUGCUCUAACACAAGGUACAUGGUUUAUUCAAGCAGCAUAUGUUCUUUUCCCGCAAACAACCAAUCCAUCUUUUAUUUGGGAUGAUACACAUGACUCUGUUUCACUAUUAACAAUGUCAUAUGUUUAUCAUCUAGCUGGAAAUGUACUUGUACUUAUUGUCGUAUAUUUAUUAGUUUAUUUAUUUAUAUCACGUACAAGUAAAUUAAAUCAUAAUCGAAUUCAAGAUGAUGAACCUCUUAAUGGAUACAAAUUAAUUGUUAAUGGAAAUGAUGAAGAAAAUGGACUUUAA